CGAAUGUCUUCUAAAGAUAAGCAGAGUGUUAAGAGUGACAAGUCUAAGGACAAGAAGAAGAAAUCCACCAAAUUGGACAAGAAGGAAUCCAAAAUUCUACCUCCUCCAGAUAAUGACUAAUAAUAACUAAUUGCAAGAGUGAUUGGUAGAAUUGGAGACAAAGAAAGCAAGAGUUUGGGUAUACUAAAUUUCUAGAUUAGCCAAUUGUGAAGAUGAUCCACAACUGUAAACAUUCAACACCAACAACAAUUAUUAGGCCACUGAUUUUUCAAUGCAAAAUAAUUAAUUUGAAAAUUAUCAUACUGCCAAUAAGAAUAAUACUCAGUUCAGAACCAAUAAAUUUAUGACGGAUCAGACGACUUAUCAUUAAUAAUAGUAGGAUUAAUACUACCAAAAAAGUCAAUAGUAAUAUUAAGAUCACUUGUAUUCAACCAGUUAUAGUCAACCCUAUCAUCCAAAUCCGGCAUUUACACAAUAAGCGACUUUCGAUUAUAGACAUGAAAGAAUCAAAGAUCAAGUUCAAUAGAACUUGUUACCUAAAAGAUAAGAAAUACUGGAAUAAGUCUAAAAGGUUAUUGCUAUUAAUGAUAAAUUAGAUAGAUAACAGAAUAGAUGAAAUCAAAUAUCAAUCCUAAAAAAUAGAGAACAUUACCAGAGAAGAAUGCGAAAUCAUCAUAGAUAAGUUAAAAAGUGUUGAAACUUAAAAGUUAUAAAUGUUGUACCACGAUAAAAAUGAAUUACUCAGGUAAUCUCGUCCAGUUAUUUCUUAGAGAUAUCGAUUAGAUUGAAGCUCUACAAUAAAGGGUCUCGUAAUUGUAGGAUUUCAACUCUCAAAAAAACUUAGAUUUAUUUGAAAAUAUAGAAAGAUUGAGCAGGAAGAGAAUUAAAAAAUAGAUUGAAAUAUAUCCAGAUGAUUUGCCAUAGGAUUUGAUUCAAUUUAGACAGUUAUAAUAGUAAAAUUAGAUGCUACAGAAACUGAUGGAUUUCAAGAACGAAGUCAUUUGGAAACUCUUUAAUGAUUCCUAAAUAGAAAGUAAGAAGAUCAGGGAGGAACUAGAAAGAUAAGCAAAUCAAGAAUUUCAAGAAUGGUACAACAUUGUAGAUUAAUACUAAUCUGAAUUGAACAGAUACAAAUUACAAUGUACUUUUUGUGGAAUCAACUUUGAUUAUUAAUUGAUCAACUCUGAUUGCAAUUUAAAUCAAUAGGGAGCUAGUAAUAUAUUUGAUUAAUUAAAAGAAAUCUAAUUUGACUGUGAAUAGGUUCCUCCAGAACAAUUCUUUGGUACUCGAAGACACUUCUUUUGUAAAAGUAUACAAAUGCAACAAUCUUAAAUUUAAGCAGAAGAAAAUAAUAUGUGA